AUGGCUCUAAGGAUUAAAACCGUGGGAAGUUACAAUACUCACCAAGACUACUUUGUCGAUUUCUUUGGAGCCGAUUUGCUCGUCACCGUAACUCCGACUCCCUCCGUCAUUAGGAAGUGGAUCCACCGCGUCGUCUUCAACCAUCGUCGUUCGCAGAAGACUAAACCUCUCGUCGUUGGAGUUGGCGUCCAGUGGACACCACCGGCGUAUCACGAAACUCCGGCGGAGACUCUCCAGCUAUGUGUUGGUAAGCGUUGUAUCAUCAUCCAGCUGUCUCACUGUGACCGUGUCCCCCAAAUCCUCCGUAGAUUCCUCGCGGAUCCAGAGACAACUUUUGUCGGCGUGUGGAACAAUCAAGACGCGAGAAAGCUGGAGAUAUCAACGCAUCGGUUGAAAACCGUGGAGCUUCUUGACAUUAGGCACUACGUGGAAGAUUCGGAGGGGUAUAGCCUGAAGCGUUGCUCGUUUGAGAAGAUUGUUGAGGCAUGUAUGGGCUAUCGAGGAGUGAGGCUAGAUCCGAGGAUAAGCAUGAGCGAUUGGGGAGUCUACGACCUUUCGCAUGAACAGAUUCUCCAGGCGUCAGUGGAUGCGUAUGUGUGCUGCAAACUCGGUGUUUGGGAAAGUCUAUGGGAAGUUUGA